UUACCUCCGACCUCUAAGACUGUUCCCCAAACUGAGUUUUUCUUUUAUCCGUUUCUGUCCCCUCUCCCACCCUUGGGCGCCCCGCUUUCCUCCUUUGUUCAUUCGCCCUUCUUUUCAGAAAGCCAAAUAAACAGCGCCUCUGAUGCGCAGCGGCUGCCGCCGAGGGGGAAGUCUGAGAACUCUGGCUUGGCGGGCAGUGCAGAUGGAAGGGCCCGGCUGUCUGCGGACAACAGGCUUAGUAGUGUGGCUGGCCCCGUUUGGGGUUCUUGCCCUUUGGGGACAGCUACUUCCUGACCGCAGCCUUGUCGAGGUGGGCUCCUCAGCUGCGCUCCGGGCCCGAAGUGGCGAAGGGCAUGCACAGAGCUGGGGCUCUCCUAGCUACGACCCAGAGCUCCAACCUGGUUUCUUGGCCUGCUGGCCGGCCCGUACCACAUGCAUCAGCAGCCACGCGUGGAAGAGCGACUGUGAACCUGGAGCGUCCACGGUCACCAGCCUUAAUGCCCAAGGGGGCGCAGACAUUCGACUCUGGGGCCCAUUUGCUCGCAGACAGGGGUCACGUCGGGGCAUACUGCCCACCCUGGGUCCCCGGGCUUCGGAGAGCCACAGCUAAGUGGACUGCCCAGGCGUCCCCGGGUCCCUCUCUGCUUUCCCACCCAGCACACACGCAAGCACGCACUUCGGGCCCGCUGCGGGUGCGCGCGAGCCGGCCGCGCGCACCCGGAAUCUAUAUUUUCCCCUCAUUAGGAGCCCGAGGUUCGCGUUUGCAUCUUAAUGAGGUGCAGGGAGCGCGCGGGGACCUCCACGUGAGCGACAGCCCCGAGAUGGAGCCUCCCAAAACCCGCUCCGGCCGCCGGCCGCGACCGCGCUCUCUUCUUCAUUUAUUUAUUCUCCUAAAUAAAAACAUAAAUCGU